CCCCAACGCCUUGACGCCUCCCCCAACCACACCAGAGUGGGUCAAGUUUUGUCGGCAACUCUUUGGCGGCUUCUCCAUCUUGCUGUGGAUCGGGGCCAUCCUCUGCUUCCUGGCCUACAGCAUCCAGGCCGUGAUGGAGGAUGAGCCAGCCAAUGACAACCUGUACCUGGGCGUGGUGCUGGCCGCCGUCGUCAUCGUGACCGGAUGCUUCUCCUACUACCAAGAGGCCAAGAGCUCCAAAAUCAUGGACUCCUUCAAAAAUAUGGUUCCCCAGCAAGCCCUGGUGAUCCGUGAAGGUGAGAAGAUCCAAAUCAAUGCUGAGAACGUGGUGGUGGGAGAUCUGGUGGAGGUGAAAGGCGGGGAUCGGGUCCCCGCGGACCUGCGGAUCAUCUCCUCCCAUGGCUGUAAGGUAGACAACUCCUCCUUGACGGGCGAGUCGGAACCACAGACCCGCUCCCCAGAGUUCACCCACGAGAACCCCCUGGAGACCCGCAACAUCUGUUUCUUCUCCACCAACUGUGUUGAAGGCACAGCCCGGGGCAUUGUCAUCUCGACGGGGGACCGCACGGUGAUGGGGCGCAUCGCCUCGCUGGCCUCUGGCCUGGAGGUGGGCCAGACGCCCAUCGCCAUGGAGAUCGAGCACUUCAUCCGCAUCAUCACCGGGGUGGCCGUGUUCCUUGGCAUGUCUUUCUUCAUCCUCUCCAUCAUCCUGGGCUACUCGUGGCUAGAGGCCGUCAUUUUCCUCAUCGGCAUCAUUGUGGCCAACGUCCCCGAAGGGCUCCUAGCCACCGUCACGGUGUGCCUGACGCUGACUGCCAAGCGCAUGGCUCGGAAGAACUGCCUGGUGAAGAACCUGGAGGCUGUGGAGACGCUGGGCUCCACCUCCACCAUCUGCUCCGACAAGACGGGCACCCUCACCCAGAACCGGAUGACGGUGGCCCACAUGUGGUUCGACAACCAGAUUCACGAGGCCGACACCACCGAGGACCAGAGUGGGGCAACCUUUGACAAGCGCUCCCCCACCUGGACGGCCCUCUCCCGCAUCGCAGCCCUGUGCAACCGAGCUGUCUUCAAAGCCGGGCAGGAGAACGUCCCCAUCUCUAAGAGGGACACAGCUGGCGAUGCCUCCGAAUCCGCACUCCUGAAAUGCAUCCAGUUGUCUUGUGGGUCUGUCAAGAAGAUGCGCGAGAGAAACCCCAAAUUGACCGAGAUCCCCUUCAACUCCACCAACAAGUACCAGCUGUCCAUCCACGAGACCGAAGACCGGCCCAAGGGCAACAUCCUGGUGAUGAAGGGCGCCCCGGAGAGGAUCCUGGAGCGCUGCUCCACCAUCCUGCUGCAAGGGAAGGAGGUGCCCCUCAACGCGGAGCUGCGGGACGCCUUCCAGAACGCCUACCUGGAGCUGGGCGGGCUGGGCGAGAGAGUGCUGGGAUUCUGCCAGCUCUACCUUCCCGAAAAGAAAUUUCCUCGUGGUUUUAAGUUUGAUGCAGAUGAGGUCAACUUUCCUCUUACAAACCUCUGCUUCGUGGGACUCAUGUCCAUGAUCGACCCGCCACGGGCCGCUGUGCCAGACGCCGUGGGCAAGUGCCGGAGUGCCGGCAUCAAGGUGAUCAUGGUGACAGGCGACCACCCAAUCACUGCCAAGGCCAUCGCCAAGGGGGUGGGCAUCAUCUCCGAGGGGAACGAGACCGUCGAGGACAUCGCGGCCCGCCUCAACAUCCCCGUCAGCCAGGUCAACCCCAGGGAAGCCAAGGCUUGUGUGGUCCACGGCUCUGACCUCAAGGACAUGCCCCCUGAGCAUCUGGACGAUAUCCUCAAGAACCACACGGAGAUCGUCUUCGCCCGCACCUCUCCCCAGCAGAAGCUCAUCAUCGUGGAGGGUUGCCAGCGGCAGGGGGCCAUCGUGGCCGUGACCGGAGAUGGAGUGAAUGACUCCCCCGCCCUGAAGAAGGCAGACAUUGGCAUCGCCAUGGGCAUCGCCGGCUCCGACGUCUCCAAGCAGGCCGCGGACAUGAUCCUCCUGGAUGACAACUUUGCCUCCAUCGUGACGGGCGUGGAGGAAGGCCGCCUGAUCUUUGACAACCUGAAGAAGUCCAUCGCCUACACCCUGACCAGCAACAUUCCGGAGAUCACCCCCUUCCUCCUCUUCAUCAUCAUCAAUAUCCCGCUGCCACUGGGCACUGUCACCAUCCUGUGCAUUGACCUGGGCACCGACAUGGUCCCGGCCAUUUCCCUGGCCUAUGAGGCCGCAGAGAGCGACAUCAUGAAGAGGCAGCCGCGGAACUCCAAGACGGACAAGCUGGUGAACGAGCGCCUCAUCAGCAUGGCCUACGGGCAGAUUGGCAUGAUCCAGGCCUUGGGUGGCUUUUUCACUUACUUUGUGAUCCUGGCGGAGAACGGCUUUCUCCCUGGCACCCUGCUGGGGAUCCGUCUGGACUGGGACGAUCGUUCCAAGAACGACCUGGAGGACAGCUACGGCCAGGAGUGGACUUACGAGCAGCGCAAGGUGGUGGAGUUCACCUGCCACACGGCCUUCUUUGCCAGCAUCGUGGUGGUGCAGUGGGCAGACCUCAUCAUCUGCAAGACCAGGCGGACUCGGUCUUCCAGCAGGGCAUGA